AUGUUCCUUCAACUUGGGCUCUCGCGAGGCGGCGCGAGACUUCGUGGCGCUCGGGGCCCGGCCACCCCCAAGAGGCCGGGGCUGCCGCCGGGGCCCACCGGCCCGCUCCCGCGGGGGGCAGGGGGUGUAUGCUGGGCGCCUGGCUGGCGGGUCCGCAGCGCUGACCACGUCCCAGGCGCCUGCCGCUCCCUCACGCCUUCCCCCUACAUGGUCACCGGCGCGGGCCCGCGCGCAACAGCUCAUGCAAACGCUCGGGGAGCCGGCGACAGCGACGGGCGGGCCGGGAACUGGAGCCGACCUGCGCGGGCACGGGCAGCAUCGACUCCGCGAGCGGACCGGCCUCCAGCACUAUCCGGGGGCUUCUUGAAGCAUGAUGACCAUAAGAAUCAAAAUCACCUACAUGUGGAGGAAUCUCAGUUUAUGGAAAUCAUCCAGUGCCGCAUGUGCCACAUCCAGUUUCCCGGAGAGAAGUGCUCCCGAGGCCUAGGAGUAUGCACUGGGGACAAAGAAGAGUCCUGCAUCGUCGGAAAGAUUUUCAACAAUGAUGGGUCUCUCUGGCUGACCUUCAUGGGCUGUGAAAAGAACUGUGCUAACGUGAACAACGUCAAAUGGAAUGUCUUUCUGGUUAAUAUCCGGUGCUGCCGGAGCCAUGACUUGUGCAAUGAAGAAAUAUAUAUAUGAUAUAGUCUAAUCUCUGGGUCACACUGUAGGGCCACAGAGAUAGUACAGUAGGUUUAGGUAUGCUUUUGCCUGGAAUGCAGUUGACAUUGGUUCGAUCCCUGAAACAUACAUAGUCCUUUCAGGGCUACGAGGAGUGACCCCUGAGCAAAGGAAAAGGGGUAAACUCUGAGCAUUGCUGGGGUGUGUCUCCAAAAGAAAACAAACAAAAAAAACCACAUUCCAGAGAGCAAACCCAGAGCCCUGCCUGCUGCAUGUGUAAGGUAAAAACCCUCAAGUUUUUCAGCAUUGCAUUACAAGGAUUGUCCAUUACAAAGACAAUCCAUCACAAUAAAUUGAGUUUAUCCUGAGGGACUCGAAGUAGUUCAAUAUUUAAAAUUUCAUCAGUAUAGUAAUCAUCUCAGUAGAUGCAGAAGGAAAAAUACAUUUGACAAAAUGUUCAGCAAACUGGGAAACAGAAGAAAAUCUCCUUAAUUAUAUUAAACACAAAACUAUAAAAAUAUACAGCAAAUAAAUAUAAAUAUCCAACUUAAUAAUGAAGAAUUGAUAGCUCAUCCCCCUAGAUCAGCAAAAUGACAAAGAUGUCUACCACUUUUAGCUAGUAUUACUCUAGAGACCUUAGUGUAACAAGGCAAAAAGCAGAGCCUGGAAACUAA